AUGCUAGUGCCAAUAAUGAGAGAUACUCCCGUUCUGGUCGUUUCUCAAGACACACAAAGCAGAAGAACACCAUUAAAUUCCUGCAUCGUGGAAGUUUUUCGAGGCGCUCCGCUUGUCAAUGUGGCCAAGCCCUGGGGUUCUUUGCAACUGCAGUAUCGCCCUAGUACACGACUGGGGGAUCUCGUCCGCCGCACGGCAUUCCACGUUGUGCCCUCGUCGCUGCCGCCUGCCUCGCUUCAAGGUACAUUUUUCAGUGAACUAACGAUUACAAUGUCGAUCUCCGAAUUCAGACGGAAGAAGCUCCUCUACGUUUUCAACGUUUUCUUCGAUGUCAACCAAAGUGGAACGAUUGAGAGAAAAGACUUUGAAAUUGCCAUUGAGAAAAUCUGCAGCCUCCGAGGGUGGAAAUCAGGUGAUGCAAAGCACACGGAGACCCACGAAAUAAUGAUUAAGAUAUGGGAUGGUUUAAGGAAGAGGGCCGAUUCCAACAAGGAUGGACAGGUGUCGGUGGAAGAGUGGGUGUCGAUGUGGAACGAUUACGCUCAGAAUCCAUCGGCGGCUUUGAAAUGGCAGCAGCAGUACUGCCACUUCAUGUUCCAACUCGAGGAUGCCAGCGCUGAUGGUUCAAUUGACUGCGACGAGUUCACCACUGUCUGCUCCUCUUAUGGCAUUGAUCCUCAGGAAUGCAAAUUGGCAUUCAGCAAAAUGGCCAAGGGCAAGCCCAGUGUCUCCUGGGAGGAGUUUCAAGAGCUUUGGAAGGAGUACUUUUCCACGGAGGACCCGAAUGCCGCUGGCAAUUUCAUAUUCGGCCGUACAAGCUUC